CCGCGCAAAAACGCGAGUGAGACCGCAUUAUUUGAAAAUUUUCUUCCCAACCAAAACUCACCGAAGACACACUUGGAACGAUGUCAAAGAAGGAGAAAGGCAUAUAUUCAUUCAAGUUAUUUCAGAACAAAACCAAGUUUAUCUCAAAAGAAGAGAUUUGGGAGACAGUUGAAGACCUUCUCAAAAAAGGCAUUACAUUUCAAAGUCAUGCCUCAGACAAAAAAGGCUUCUGGGCUCAAGUGUGCAUUACACUCGGAGUUCCCAACAGUAUCAACAAUCGGUACAGACUUCUGAAAUCCCAUAAGAAACAUGAGCCACCACUGCCACCAUCCCCCCUUCAGGACAUGGCUACUGAGAGCCAGACAGAGGACGACGCAGCAAGAUCACCAGAGCAAAAACAUGAGCCACCACUGCCACCAUCCCCUCUUCAGGACAUGGCUACUGAGAGCCAGACAGAGGACGACGCAGCAAGAUCACCAGAGCAAAAACAUGAGCCACCACUGCCACCAUCCCCUCUUCAGGACAUGGCUACUGAGAGCCAGACAGAGGACGACGCAACAAGAUCACCAGAGCAAAAACAUGAGCCACCACUGCCACCAUCCCCCCUUCAGGACAUGGCUACUGAGAGCCAGACAGAGGACGACGCAGCAAGAUCACCAGAGCAAAAACAUGAGCCACCACUGCCACCAUCCCCCCUUCAGGACAUGGCUACUGAGAGCCAGACAGAGGACGAUGCAGCAAGAUCACCAGAGCAACAUUCCCUCUACCUUUAA